ACCGACCCCCGGUGCUGUCUCACACGCCCUGGUGCUGAAAGUGGGAGCGCUGAGAGAUGUGGGCUGUUUUCUUUCUCUUCCUCUCUUAUCUGGACGGAGAGUUCAGUAAAGCUGAACUUUCAGAUCUGGAUGCGGAUGAAAGCAUCAGAAGUGCGACAGUGCGCAGAUCCAAGUGGGGUUUUACUUACCCCGGGACUCUGUGGUGUGGAGCUGGAAACAUCGCCGAUAACUACAAUCAGCUGGGGGAAUUUGCUGAGACGGACAAGUGCUGCCGUACCCAUGACCACUGUCCUCACGUCAUUCAUGCUUUCUCCUCCAACUAUGGCUUCACCAACUUUAAAUGGCACUCCAUUUCACACUGCGACUGCGACAAUACGUUAAAGCAGUGCUUACGGGCAGUUAAUGACACUGCAUCCCGGGUGGUUGGACAAGCUUUCUUUAAUGUGAUCGAAGUCUCCUGCUUUGAAUUCUCCAUUGAGGAACAGUGUGUUGAGCGUCACUGGUACGGCGUGUGUAAGAAAUAUGACAAAGUGCCCGUUGCCCUGGUAAAAGAAUCAGUCCCUUAUGACUUCGGAGGCAUUGAAGUUAUUGAUGCAUUGCCCAUAGUACCUUCUAAGAACAAACUACCUGAACAAGACGAAGACACGCGAAAAGAAUCAGGACAGUCUGAGAGCACGACCCAGUCCAGCUUUUCAGGCUCCAAAAGCCCCGCGCCAGAGGAGCCCUCGCUUACAAACGUUGUCAUGGCAGCCGAGGACUUCAUCAAAGUGCUGGCUACAGUGUCCACAUCUCAGGGCUCGUCUGCUGAAGAAGACAAAGGCGAGACACAGAGCUCAGACAAGAAGAGGAAGAAGAAUGGUGGCAAGAAGAAAAAGAAAUCAAAAAAGAGGAGAGGGAAAGGAAAAGGGAAGUCGACUAAGCAGAAUGCUGGAGGGGUCUCAAAAGCCGAUGAGGGUGUUGCCGGGGCUCCGUCUGCAAACACGACAGAACAGGUCAUAAACAAGAACUUUGUAGAAGACCAAAUCUGGGUUGGCAAGAAUGGCAACUUGAAUUUCAAUUCUGUUAGUGACAGUGCACAUCCCAAUAAGAUGAUGAGGGAUGACCAUCAGAGGAUACCUAACGAGAGGCAAGUCGAGACCACCAUCGUACCGAACGCCAAGCAAAAGGCAGGGACGCUUGAACAAAUCAAGGAUGCGGAAUCUGUUCAGCUAGUGUUCACAACUCACAUCCCUUUCACUAUCACCAGCAGACCCAGACAUGCAAGGAUAAAACAAAGAAAAAGGCAAAGGCGUCCAGUUCCAACUUCCCUCCCGGCAGAAUUCACCCUGCACAAAACGAUGGCGGAUAACGCCCCGACGAGUACGCCUCAAAGCUCCGGCCUAGCUGGUCCAACAACACACCCUGCGAUCAGCCCACCAGUGGAGGCGGUGCUACUUAACUUUGAGUUGCAGCAUGAAAAGGGAUCCGCUUUAACUGCCAGCGUACAGAAUGCGCCCAUUGUUGGAACCAAAAGGCCGAGGUUAAGGCAGAGAGGGGGGAGGAAGAAAAAUCGAAAGCUCAGUACUCCUUCAUCCCCCACCAAGGAUUUAGCAACAGAAGAGCCGCUAAUGGCCGAGCCAAGUGGUGGAUCAGAGAGGCUACAGCCUAAUCCACUAGAGACUGAGUUGGGAAGAUCUCUAACAGGCAUCUCUGGUGAUAUUCGACCUAAAAAGAGACACCCGAGGUUAAAGGGUUCAGGUGACAGAAGGAGAUCUGGGCAAUCCGACGCUGAUUUAUCCAUUAUGGAAGACACAAUUAGACCCGGGCAUGAAACUAGGACAAUCACGGAUACCAGUACCUCAACUGUUUCAGGUCCAGAUUUUGCAGACACUCAGGCAAGCAGGGUUGGUGCAAGCACUGGGCUUUUCCCUUAUUUCCAGACUAUCACUCCUUCCAUGGCGCCUCUAAAAACAAGAACAACCAAGAUAAGAAGAUCAAAAGCUAGCACUGGCAAGAAAAGAAGAAAGAACAAAGCACUAUAGUGAAAUGAUUUGUUUGUAAUUGAUACAAUACAAUUUUUUUACGUAAUUGUUGUAAAACCCAUAAUGAAUUAUUCAAUCUAUGCAACAUUGUCACUAAAUAAAUGAGUUUGGAAAACA